AUGUCUGAACACACAGACGAAUUCAAAGAAACACCCUGGCUGAAAGCAUCAUCCAAAUUUUUUAUCUCAAGUCUCGCUAAGAAAGAAAUGGAGCAAGGUUUUUUGAACGAUUCAUAUUCGGUUCUGAGUCCGAAUGCUUUGAUGACCAGCCAGUCAGGCCAGCCUUUUGAUGACCUGGGCUCCGAUGUCGAAUACCAAACAUAUGCUUCUCAAAUACCUCACAGAAGAAUUAAAGAAGCUCCACAUGCAAACAACCAGGGGCAAGUUCUACAAAAUUCUUUUCUUUCCGACAAAUUUAUUCACGAGAACGCAAGCACAUUCUUCGGCACCUUAGAUAGUACAUUUAAGGAUGGCGCCUCCCACGCUUCAGAUUUUGACUCCAGCUUGUUGAGUUUCUGCAAUUCAGCCAACGCAGCUACAGAAUACAUGUUCCCAAACUUGAGUGGUCAGUCAAUCUUUAUUAACUCCCAAGAAUCUCGAAUCAUAAAGAAAGAAUUACACUCAAAAUUAUCACUGUCAACUCUGCCAACCAUGUAUAAAAGUCCAGAGCAGGCGUAUAUUGAGCUAAUUCCUUUGCUUAAUUCAGUGAGUCACGAGAACUUCGGUUAUUUUCUAGUGGGUGUCUUGCAAAGAUGCUCGGAAGAACUAUCACUGGACAACUUCUACAAGAUGUUGUAUAAUCCGAAAUUCUACACUUCUGUAUCCGAAAAUCUAAGGCAAGAUACAAAUUUACUUAAGCCUGUCUUUCACUUAGCAGAUCUCAAGCUUUGUUUCUAUGUUUUGGAAACUUUCAGGCCUCCUCAUUUCACCGCAGGUCUGUUUGCCGAUGGUUUAGUGCAUAACUCCAAGUUGUCGUCAAUCAAUACGCACGAGUUUUUGAGAACAUUUUUAGCACUCAAAAUCAUCUUUGAUUGCUUUGAAAAGACAGAUGAUGAUCAUUCUAGCCUUCCCCGAAUUCUUACAUAUAAGGCUUACUACAUCCUUUGUCAAAUUCUCAUCAGCCGAAAUUCAGCCUCUUUGCUUCUCUAUAGGCUGCAACAAAACAUCGUCUUCUGUCAGUCUGGGUUAGGAAAAAUUAUGAGGUUGGCAUUUCCCGACUUGACCACCAAGAGAUUGGGAAAGAGAGGCCAGUCCAGAUCACACAUCCUAGGAUUACGUUGGAAACGCCCAAUCUUAAGUGAAGAUAUUUGGCAUCUAAUGGAAUUUGAUAUCCUGGAAAUCAAAAAACACUUUGUAACCCAUAUUAAGGGUAGCAGAAGACAGCAGAGUAUAAAUUUACAAUUCAAAGCAUCAAGAGACAGGCACAAUGGAGAUCGUGAGCUGAAAGAUGAGAUUGCCCCAACUCAAUCAUUGACAGAACGAAUGAAGCCAUUCUAUAGUUUUGUGGAUGCAUCGAACAAAUAUCCGAGUUUUGACUGUUCCCCUCGUUUAUGGAAAUGCAUUUUAAAUACCCACCCAGCGCCGUCUGAGUGGUCCAAAAACAUUAUGGUCAAGUCUAUUGACACAUUGAAGCUGAUUGGCAUACACAUUGAGCCUUUAGUUAACAAUUUUGCAUCAGAGAUCUUUUCAAAAAACAAAAGGGGAAUACUUGAGAGCUGUGUAUCCCAAGUCAUCAAAGGCUCUAAUAAAGAUCCACCCUCUGUGAAACCAUUCUUGCAUCUUUGUCUUGUGAUUUUUCUUUUGGCAUUUCCUUUGAUAAUUGCAUCAGACAGAGAGAUUUGUGGAACGAAAAAGGCAAAACUACGCUCGUACUUAAAUUCUAUCAUUGCGCUAAUAAUGACUGAAAGGCAAAGGGCUCCACCAAAUGAAGGCAAUAUGAUGAAGUUCACAUGGAUCCUAAAAAAAAUGAUUCAUAUUAGUGAGUUGACUCUGUCGAAAGUACACACGAAUCUGAUUAUAAUGAUAACCGAUGAAAUGAUUCGUGAUUUAGACAAGUUGGACGAAAACCCUGAUAGUCCCAACAUUAACAGUAUUUCACCAGUUGCCUUUUAUGUAAGAAACAUUUUUAUGUGGUUAAGAGCUUAUAAUUAUGAUGGCGUCUAUUUGAGCGGUUCUUCGUGUGAAGAAGCCCUGGUUGAGAUAGUCCUGAGAAUAACGCAAGCUUUUCUAAAAGAAGGUAAUGAUUUCAGGCAAUUUAUAUCCAACAUUUCAAUGUCUAUGAGCAAUGAAGAACGAAUCAACGUCACAUAUGACUUGCCAUUCGAAUUAUUCAGAAUUCUGGCACAAUUUUUGCAUCAAGAUUGCUUAUCAGAUCACUUAGUUUUGAAACUACCGAUUUCGGCCAUAAAAUUCCUUGUUCUCAGCGCCACAAAUGAAAUUCAGAAUGUGAGCUUUAGCUCUGUUGCGGAGCGAGAUGAAGAUGUAUCAAGACAGACUUUCAAGACUUGGUGGGUUCUCUCAACAAUACUCCAAGAGUAUAUGAUAGUGCUCUCCGAAAUUGCAGCCUUAAGUGGGAAUUUAUUUUAG